AUGCGCUGCGUUUUAUCUAUCUAUCUAUCUAUCUAUCUAUCUAUCUCAGUCUGUUCAUAUCUAUCUAUCUAUCUAUCUAUCUAUCUAUCUAUCUAUCUAUCUAUCUAUCUAUCUCAGUCUGUUGAUCUAUCUAUCUAUCUAUCUAUCUAUCUAUCUAUCUAUCUAUCUAUCUAUCUAUCUCAGUCUGUUCAUAUCUAUCUAUCUAUCUAUCUAUCUAUCUAUCUAUCUAUCUAUCUAUCUCUUCGUCUUUUCAUAUCUAUCUAUCUAUCUAUCUAUCUAUCUAUCUAUCUAUCUAUCUAUCUAUCUCAGUCUGUUCAUCUCUCUCUCUCUAUCUUGGAUGUGCUUUCCUCAGUCCCUACACCAAACGCCACCAAUGGCGAGUGUCCAGAGAAAACCGCCAUGGCUUCCUCCGUCCCACAACGCCAUCUGGUCAUCCGACCCAACCCGGUACAGCUCACAGGCCUUCCUCCGACUCUCUUUAAGUUACAUUACCCUUUCUCUUUCAUUUCAUUUCUCUCUUACUACUCUUACCAAUUCUAUUACGCAUACCACCACUCUCAACUCUUUCUCUCAAUAAACCACUCUACCACUUCAUUUAACACCUUCUUUCUUCUUCUCCCCCUUCUUCUUCUUCUUCUUCUUCUUCUUCUUCUUCUUCUUCUUCUUCUUCUUCACCUUCGAACAUCUAUUUCAUAUAUUUUUCUUCUUUUGCGUUUCCUGACCUCCAAUUCCGGACGCCAUCUUUCGUUUUUCGCGCCGAUUUAUCAUCCGUUCUCUGGGCACUGCCCGGAAUCAACAAUGAGCACUUAA